GCAUCAGGGAUAUAUGAGAAACAGAUCUCAUUUGCCCCUUCCAACUUGGGAAGAAUAUUUAUGUGCCUUGGCUGAUAGAUUCGGGCUGAGUAUUCAGACCCUAUGACUGAACUGGUGAGAGUCAAACACACUGGAACUGUUAAGGAUUAUCAGGCUGCAUUUGACAGUGUGAUGACUAGAAUUAAUCUAUCUACAGAUCAUGCUAUCAGUAUUUUUUUGAACAAUCUCAAACCUGAACUUAGUGAUGCUGUGAGGAUAGGCAAUCCUUGCAAUUUGCCUCAAGCAUACUACCUAGCAAGGUUGCAUGAAUCUAACUUUGCUGCCCAAAGCAAGGCCAUGAAGAGUUAUGCUGGAACUGGCCAAAUUCACCCCAGAAAUGUAGGUGGAACUGGUUCUAAUACUGUCUAUAAGGGAAACACAGGUGGAUACAGAAAUGCUGCACCUGUUACUGCUAGGAUGGACAGCUCUAAGAGAAGGAAUUUGACUCCAACAGAGAUGGAUGAAAAAAGGGCUAAAGGAUUGUGUUUUUUUUGUGAUGAGAAGUUUUUCCCUGGGCACAAAUGUAAAAAUGCUAAGAGGCAAUUGUUCUCUUUAGAACUGGAAAAUAUUGAAGAAAAAUUUGAAGAGGAGGUUAUUGGAGAAGAAUUGCAAUUGGAGGAAGAGACAGGGGAAGUAUUGAAGGAAACCAUGGAAAGUUGUGCUAUAUCGUUACAGGCCCUAAAUGGUACAGAUGGAUACAGAACUUUGAGGCUGAAGGGAUUCAGUGAACAAAGUCCCAUAGAAGUCUUCAUUGAUUCUGGAUCAACACACAACUUCAUUGAUGAAAGUGCAGCAGUAAGACUAAAAUGUGAAGUGAUUCAAAUUAAACCUCAGUUGGUGCAAGUAGCUGAUGGCAGAGAAAUCCCAACUGACAAGAUGUGCAAGGGCUUCAAAUGGCUAAUGCAAGGAGCUGUAUUUGAAGGGGAUUUCUUGAUAUUUCCAAUAGGAAAAAGUGAUAUGGUACUUGGGGUCCAAUGGUUGUAUCCCUUAGAGGAUAUUAGAUUCAACUUCAGGAAGUUGGAGAUGGAAUUUGAAUAUCAGGGAAAAAUGUUGACCCUACAUGGCGUUCAACCCAAGUUUAAAACUGUAGAACCCAAGGCCAUUAGCAAGAUGAAUGUGAUCACUUCUCAAUUCUUUAUGGUUAAGGUGAGAAGUGCAGAGGUGGAAUUAGAAGGUGAGAAGGAACCGAGCCAGGUAGAAGUGAAAGAGCUAUUGACAGAAUAUCAAGGAUUUUGGGGAACCUAAGACAUUACCCCCAUCCGGGGGUG